CUCUAACACCUUUUGCCCCCUGCCUCCUCCUCCCUCCCCCCUCACUGUCCUCCCCACUUCUAGCUACACCACCCCAGCUGGGCUCUAAUGUGAUAUCCCUGCCUGGCUGAGGGAGGGAUCAUGAGCAGGGUCUGCACUGACAGGCAAGUGACACCCAGAAGCCACAGGCUUCUGUAAGUACGAGGUCUGCGAGAGACCCAAGUCGGAGCAAUGGCAUUGUCACUGGAAGAAUUUGUCCACUCCCUUGACCUCAGGACUCUGCCCAGGGUCCUGGAAGUCCAGUCAGGCAUCUACUUUGAAGGCUCUAUUUAUGAAAUGUUUGGAAAUGAAUGCUGUUUGUCAACAGGAGAAGUGAUUAAAAUUACUGGUCUCAAAAUUAAAAAAAUAAUAGCCGAAAUUUGUGAGCACAUUGAAGGUCAUGAAUCUCCACAACCGUUUGAACUGCCUAUGAAUUUUCCAGGUCUUUUUAAGAUUGUGGCUGAUAAAACUCCAUACCUUACUAUGGAAGAAAUUACCAGGACCAUUCAUAUUGGACCAAGUAGACUGGGGCAUCCUUGCUUUUAUCAUCAGAAAGAUAUGAAACUGGAAAAUCUCAUCAUAAAGCAAGGUGAGCAAAUCACACUCAACUCAGUUGAAGAAAUCAAUGGAGAAAUAAUGGUAAACUGUGGAGUGAUAAGGAAUCAUCAAAAUCACUCAUUUACUUUGCCUUUGUCACAAGAAGGAGAAUUCUAUGAGUGUGAAGAUGAACAUAUUUAUACUCUAAAGGAGAUCGUUGAAUGGAAGAUCCCCAAGAACAGAACGCGAACUGUGAAACUCACAGAUUUUUCAAAUAAGUGGGACUUAACGAAUCCAUUCCCUAAAGGCUUUUAUGGUGCUCUGAUACUCAAGCCCGUUUACGAAAUUCAAGGUGUGAUGAAAUUCCAAAAGGAUAUAGUCCGCAUCCUCCCCAGUUUAGAUAUUGAAGUCAAAGACAUUACUGACAGUUAUGAUGCCAACUGGUUUCUUCAGCUGUUGUCUACACAGGAUCUUUCUGAAAGGACCAGUAAAGAGUUCCCCGUGGUGGCUGAAGUCAUAGAAGCACCUCAAGGAAACCAUCUCCCCAGAAGCAUUUUACAGCCUGGGAAAACCAUUGUGAUUCACAAAAAGUAUCAGGCAUCUCGGAUCUUAGCUUCAGAAAUUAGAAGCAAUUUUCCUAAAAGACACUUUUUAAUCCCCACUAGUUAUAAAGGCAAGUUCAAGCGACGACCUCGGGAGUUCCCAACAGCUUAUGACCUGGAGAUAGCGAAGAGUGAGAAGGAAGCUCUCCACGUGGUGGCCACCAAAGCCUUUCACCCCCCUCAUGAUGAGUUGUCAUCCGUGUCUGUCGGGGACCAGUUUCUAGUGCAUCACUCACAGACGACUGAAGUCCUCUGCGACGGGAUCAAAACAGUGGUGAAUGUUCUGGCCUGUGAAAAAAUCCUCAAAAAACCAUACGAGACAGCGCUGCUCCCUUUGUACAUGGAAGGAGGCUUUGUGGAGGUGAUCCAUGACAAGAAACAGUACCAGAUCUCUGAGCUCUGCGCACGGUUCCACUGGCCCUUCAAUGUGAAGGUCUCUGUGCGAGAUCUUUUCAUCGAAGAAGACAUUUUGGCUGCUACCCCAGGACUGCAAUUGGAGGAAACCGUCACGGACACUUACCUGCUCAUAAGUGACUUUGCCAACCCCACUGAGUGCUGGGAGUUUCCUGUCAGUCGCUUGAAUAUGACUGUGCAGUUAGUUAAUAGUAAUUCGUCUCAGGAUACAGGAUCAAUUCUAGUCAAGACUCUGAUUGAAGAGAUCACAGAAGAACAGUAUUACAUGAUGCGAAGAUACGAGAGCUCUUUCUCGCACCCCCCACCGCGCCCCCCCAAGCACCCUGCAGUGGGAGAAGCAAAGCUAACUCUGCUACACGUGGCGGAAGAAAAGACCGUGGGGCUGCCGAAGUCCCCCAAGAAAUCUUCAAAAAUGAAAAACAUCAAAAAUAAUGAGAGUUGACUGAAGCCACUGGUGAUGAGAACAAAUGUUACAAUGGAAAAGUAAGCAUAGCCUUCUGGCUGAAAACAACUACUUCCCAAUAACCUUUCCAAGAAACUUGACUUGCCCGUGCAAAGAAGAAAACAACUUUAAAAGUUUUAAGAGAUAAAACAAAUAAGAGACCUAUGUAAAGAAUUCGUAUAGUCUGCCCAGUUGUACCAAAAUCUUUAUGUAUGAUCUCCUUGUUACUAGGACAUAUUUAUUGAAUGUGUGCUUUGGGGGGGGUUAUGUCCACUAACAAUUAUUAAGCAAUUGAAAAAUUAUUUGACUUUCAGUUCCUGAGUAAAACCGGUACAAAAUAGGAUGACAUCUCACCAAGUAUUUACUUCUAUUUCCACAGUUGUUUUUGCCAUUUUUCUGGUGUUAAAAUCAUUCCCUUUAAAAUUAACUUUAAAAAAUUAUAUCUGAGAGUGAUUUAAAAUAGCUGGCUUUCUUAUCUCAUUUUCUUAGAACUGUAAAAAUGAGUUUUACUUCACAUUUUUAGUUUGUUUUGGAAAUACUCUGUAAAUAAGGGUGUUUGGGGAUUUAACAGUUCAAGCCUUGGUGAGUCACAGUGAUUUUGCCAUAACUUUCUCCCGAGUUUCCUAACAACCAGAGUCCAUGACUGCAAUAUAAGCAAAGUGCUGAUAAUAUACUUAUCAUUUUAUGUGGUGUAUAUUAGAUAACCCUGUAGGUUAAUGUUUAUUAGGAUUGUAGGAAAACCAUUUUAUUUAUGUAUUAUUAUGUAUUAAGUAUAUAAAGGUAAUAUUAUUUUGCAUCCAACAAAAUGCAGAGACAGAGAAGUUAACUUCUCAUUGAAGUUAUAUUGGAAGUUAAUGUCAGGACUUGGUUUCAUUCAUAGGUUAUACUCUUUACAAAAGUUACUAGUUCAUCUUCUAUCUCAUCAUUAUUUUAUGUACAGAAAUUAUUCAUUGGUUUGGUACCAAAGAAUUUCUGAUGACAACAAAUGAUGAAUCAAUUUUUCAACAGAAAAAGGAAAUUACAGUUAGAGAUCUUUUACGCAAUGUUUUACACAAGGGGUACACCAUGAGGUAUCCCUUGACCAUGUGUGGGCAAUGAUGGACCACAAAUACAGUGGUGGUUCCAUAAGUUUCUAAUGGAGCUGAAAACUUCCAUUGCCUAGGGAUGUCAUAGCCACCAUAACAUUGUUGCACAAAGGCUGCAAAAAUCAACAAGUCCGUGGAUGAGAUGGCACACAGCCUUAACCUGAGUGUGGAUAAGGAUGACUUUGAGAUGCUCUUAGAGGUUGUUCCUUAGCAGUUGAUUUACAAGUUAUUGUAACUAGUUGAAGACUAGGCAAGAGAAAAGGAAAACAAGGCAGAAGAAGAAGAACCCCUGAGGAAACUGAGUGGAGCAUUUAGCAAAAGCUUUUUCACACCUCCAAAAAUUCCUCAAAAUGUUUGAAAAUGUUGACCCCUUGAUACCAAAAGAUAAUCACAAUACAUUAACUAUUUAGAAGCAAAUCUGUAAUGAAAAACACAAAUGAGCCAAGCAAACCAUCAUGGCCAUAGUUCUGAAAAGAGUGGCACCUCCUCAAGGAGAGCCUCGGGCAGGUCCUUCACGGGGUGUUCCAGAAGGCGCUGCUCUCACGGAGAUGGCAGCUCUAUGUGUGGGAUGAGGGUGGUGUUGAUGAGCCUCACCCUGUCCAGGUCUGGGCUAACGUGUGUGUUUGUACCUUCAUUUGUAACAAAAAAAGUUUUAGAAUUAGAAAAAAGGCUUAUAGAAUAAGACUAUAAAGAAAAAAAUAUUUUUGUACAGCAGUAAAAUAUGCCUGUGCAUUAAGCUAAAUGUUAUUACAAAAGAAUUGAAGAGUUCAAAAAUUAAAAGCCACAUGUAGUAAAAAAAGUUACAGUCAGCUAAGGUUAAUUUAUUACUGAAGAAAGAAAAAUCCGUUUUAUAAAUUUAGUGUAGACUAGGUGUACAGUGUUUAUAAAGUCUACAGUAGCAGACAGUAGUGUCCUGGGCCUUCGAGUUCACUCCUCACUCCCUGACUCACCCAGAGCAACUUGUAGUGCUGUAAGCUCCAUUCAUGGUGAAUGCCCUAUACAGGUGUACCAUUUCUGGUUUUAUAUUGUAUUUUACUGUACUUUUCUAUGUUUGGGAUAUGUUUAAGUAUAUAAAUACUUACCACUGUGUUACAGCUGUCUACAGUAUUCAGCACAGUAACAUGCUGUACAGGUUCACAACACUGUACCACAGAGCCAAAGCGUGUAGCAGGCCAUACCAUCCAGGGUUGUGUGAGUGUCUCUGAUGUUCCCAGUGAUGAGAUUUCCUGAUGAGGCAUUUCUCAGAACGUAACUCCACUGUUAAGUGACACAUAACUUCUCCGAUUUGGAUUACUGUCCCUUAUCUUUUUUCCUUUUUAAGUGAAAGGAGUUCUGAUUUACAAUAUCUGAAAGCUUGUUUAUUAAUUUGAUGUGGUAAUAGUAUUAAUUAUGUACAAUUUCUGAAAAUUUCUGGGAUGGCUUCUGAGAACAACACUGUGGUUGUUUCGGCCUCUAAGAGCAAGAUCUCUUCACGUGAUGCCCCACAUGUGGUCAUUGCAGCACACAGGGAGGCCUUUCUCAACCCAACAAUUUUGGCCAGCUCGUGUUAUUUUUCAAAUAAUAAUGGAUACUUAGUUGUGAUUUUUCUUGGUAUAUGAGAACAAUUAAAUGUGUACACUUAGUAAGUACAAUUCUUUGAUUAGAAAAAUCAGGAUACUCUCCCUCUUAGUUUGGUUUUACAUCAUGGAGGGCUUUCCAGUGGAAAUCAUACAAAACAUUUCUAAUUUAAUAUAAAUUUUGCUGUGUGCUGGGCUUUCAGUUCUUUGAUAUUGAAAAGUGUAAUAAACUUUAUGCUCAUUGAUGGAAGAUUUGGGGAGGUUGAAAAUAAAUUUUCUCAUUUUAAUUCAUGUGUGUGUGUGUGUGUGUUCUCUGUCAUGUUUAGCUGUGACACAACUAUCAUUUUAUAACAAGUAAGUUACAAUGUUCCUUAACUAAAAACAAAAUCAAUUCUUCACUACUAGGAAGGAAGCUGCCUAUUUUAAAGAAGGCAGAAAGAGAGACAUCCUCUCCACCCCUACCCAUCCCAAACCAGAGGCCGAUAGUGUUGAACACAAUGACCAAAUUUCACAGCAUGGUCAGGCUGCGUAGGAAGCUGCCAAGGCUGCGAGUUGUUAA